CAGAGGCUGGCGCGAACUUGGGCUGCAGCAGGGCAUUGCUCUGUGCGGGAAAUGAAGGGAGAACACGGGAAUGUCCCAGGGAGGCCCCCUGUGCAGGGCCAAGUGGCCAUGAGAAAACGAGUUUGUCCCUGGUGCCCAGGGCAGAUAAUCCAAACAAAUGAUAAAAAUUAGAUGUUUUUCUGAACGUUAGCUCUGCGCUAGGGAAUUCCCUAGAAGUUUUUACAUACAUUAUCUCAUUGAAUCCUCACCAUACUCUAGGAAGCUCAGAGAGGUUUGGGAAACCAGCAGCUCUGUUUCCAAGCAAGGCCUGUCUGCAUUCAAAGCUCAGGCUGGUGGGCUUACCACCCUGCACUCUGCGGUCGCAGCCUGUCUCCCUCAGCCUUGGCCAGUUGGGAGCCCAGGACAGGGGAGAGGCCUGGAGGCUCUGAGAGAGAAAGAGACCAAUGGCCACUGUGCCCAAAACCCAGAGGCCUUGGCAGAGUUGGCACACGUGGCACUCUGCUGACCCCAGCCCGCUGGCGAAGGGGGUGUCAGGUUCUGCAGCCUGGAACCGCAGCCUCCUUUGGUGCUGUCCCAGGUUAUCAGGAGCUUGAGACCCUCGUGUCCAUGCACAGGCCUGGCCCCAUGGCCUCCUGAGAACACCACGCAGUGGAGGAGCAGGACUUGCACCUUGUCUGAAGACAGCCCCAGCCUCCACUCCUCUCUCUGUAGUGAAUGCUGGGUAGGGAUGGAGUGGGGUAGACAGUGGACAGGGAAUCUGGAAGGCUCUAAGGAUUGUUCUGUCUGGGGGAGAAACAUCCAGGUCCCAGGCCAUGGCAGUGGAAAUUGGCAGGGAACCCUCUGCCUGUGGGAGGUAUUUCAUCCUGUACAUGGACUCUGGACCAUCGGGAACCUGGGAGUAACGACAGCAAGCUGGCAGGGCACAACAGGCUUAUUCCACGAGGCCAUGAGCACUACAGUCAAGGUAUUGACUGGACUGCCCACUGCGCUCGCCUGGAACAAUGUUCUGUUGGCACCACACUCCCUUGCCACCAGAACUGGUGAGGGCAGGGACACAACCGCCCAGUCUGUAUGUAAUGGGGUGGGGGCUGAUGUCCAAGGUGGCCUGCAUGAUCCUGAGCUAUGGGUGCCAGGACCAGCUCCAGCCUUCAGGCAAGCAAAUGUCUGAUCCCUCGGGGCUAUGAACGCUUUUCCCCACCUUACCCCAGCUGGGCCUUCCUCCCACUUCAGGGUCCUCUUGGGCUUCCAUCACCCCACUGCUGAGCCUUGCUCUCCUCCCCUGCCCAGGGCAGCAUAGACUCCCCCCACCCCCCUUCAGAGACAAUGUGGCCAGGUCACUCGAUGUAGGGCAGGGAGGGAGGAGGGAGGGCUGCAGGGGUGGGGGGAGGCUACAAACAGGAACGCUGGGUGUUUCUCAGUGGCUGCAAGGAUGCUGAUGAAAACCCCAGGAUAUUGAGUCAUCGUGGUGGCCGGCUAAUAGUGAGCAUCAUUCCACUCUGCCCUGAACACUCUUGCAGGGGUAGAAAGACUGGAAACUUCUCUCAGGUCCGUGGCCUAAGCAGCCCAUGGAAUCUCAUAACCUGAGCUCUUCUUCUCCCCUCCUUUCUCUCCCUCCCUCUACUCUUCCUGCCUCCCUCCCUCCUUCCCUCUCCUCCUCUCCCUCUGCCUUCACCACAGACUGGGGGUCACCUGGAGAGGCCUUGGCUCCCUGCCACCCAGCCUCCUCCCCCAGAGUAUCUGCCUUCCUGGCACCAGCCCUGGGUGUGGAGUUUGUCCUGGGCCUUCUGGGGAACAGCUUGGCACUCUUCAUCUUCUGCUUCCACACGCGGCCCUGGACGUCCAACACAGUGUUCCUGGUCAGCCUGGUCAUUGCCGACUUUCUCCUGAUCAUCAACCUGCCCCUUCGUGUGGACUACUACUUCCUGCGCGAGAUCUGGCGCUUCGGGGCCACUGUCUGUAAAGUCAACCUCUUCAUGCUGUCCACCAACCGCUCGGCCAGCGUGGUCUUCCUCACGGCCAUCGCACUCAACCGCUACCUGAAGGUGGUGCGGCCCCACCACAUGCUGAGCCGGGCUUCUGUGUGGGCAGCUGCCAGAGUGGCCGGGGGACUGUGGGGGGGCAUCCUGCUCCUCAACGGACACCUGCUCCUGACUGCCCAUACUAACCACUCCUGCCUCAGUUACCAGCUGGGCAAGAACACCUCGGCCUCACUCCGCUGGCACCAGGCACUGUUCGUAUUGGAAUUCUUCCUGCCGCUGGCACUCAUCCUCUUUGCCAUCGUGAGCAUCGGGCUCACCAUCCGGCGCCGCAGCCUGGGUGGGCAGACAGGCCCGCGGAGGGCCGUGCGCAUGCUGGCCGUGGUGGUGGCUGUCUACAUCAUCUGCUUCCUGCCCAGUGUCAUCCUUGGCAUGGCUUCCAUGGUGGCUUUUCGCCUGCAUGCCUGCCACAUCCUCAACAUCUGCUCCCAGCUCUUCCACGGCUCCCUGGCCUUCACCUACCUCAACAGUGUCCUGGACCCUGUGCUCUACUGCUUCUCAAGCCCCAACUUCCUCCGGCAGGGCCGGGCCCUGCUGGGCCUCAGCCAGAGCUGGCAGGGCUCAGCCAGCGAUGAAAGUUCCUACCAGCCUUCUGCUAGGUACCGGGAGGCCUCUAGGAAGGCAAAGGCUACAGAGAAGCUGCAGGCGGAGGUCUCACUGGAGUCAUAAGGCCCCUCUCAGGACAGGGGGUUUACAGUGCCAUGGAAGUAAGGACGGCCAGGAUCCGACCUGGAGGGAUGAGGUCACUCCCCGGACUAUUGCCAGCUCAGGGCGCCUCACCCAACUGGACAUCUGCAGGAACCAGUUGGGUGACAGGAAAGAAAAGGGUUUUGACCUUACAGAGCAGUGUAUCCUGGAUGAUGUCCCCAGAGCACAGGAAAAGAGCACUAUGGCAGGUGGAGACAGGCAGAGCCUGUGUCAGCUCCACCCCAAAGGGCUACACAGCUGCCCAGUCCACGGGCCAGAGUGUGAUGACUGUGAGAGCACAGAUCUUGCUUUAGAGAUUGGGCCUCUGCAUUUUCUCUUAUCUCAUUUGUCCCUUUCAAUGCUAAUAAACUUCUUUUUGGAAAUACAA